AAAACCAUUUCCUGUUCUUUGAUAGGCUACUGUCCUGCUGUGAUGUCAUGAGGGCUUGUUUAUAAAAAGGGUGACGGGCUCAGCUGCUCCAAAAGGGCAAGUGUGGUGGAGGGCUGAAAGAGUGUGUUCAUACAUGAGCGUGUGGUGGAGAGAGCGAGCGAGGCACAGAGUGUGUGUGUGAGCUUAACACACACAACCAGACAUUCAUAACUCUGCAGCAGAAGAAGAAGACGAGACGCCUAAAAAGCUGCUGAGAAACACAUUAUAAUGAUACUUUGUGUUGUGGAUGAAGCGUCUGGAUUAUCAAAUCACUGGACUGUAAAGCACAGCACAAAGCCUGGAGGAAAAAGCUUAAAUUUUUGCAUAUGUUAAGGUAAACAAAUGUCCAUGCUGGAUCAAGUUACGAUUGACAGAUCAUGGAAAAUGUGAGUACUGUCUCAGCACUGGCUAACCAGUCGAAGCACAGCAACUUCUCCCUGGUCUCUGAUUGGUCACAGAGGUCUUCGGAGUACAGCGAUGCACAGUUUGUGCUGUUGGGUGUUGCAAUGGCUAUUCUCGUUCUGGCUAUAGUUUUUGGUAACGUGCUGGUGAUUACAGCCAUCCUGCGGUUCCAGCGGCUCCAGACUGUCACCAACCUCUUCAUUGCUUCGCUGGCUAUUGCUGACCUCAUCAUGGGUUUGGUUGUAGUCCCUUUUGGAUCCAGCUACAUCAUGCUGGGAGUCUGGCAGUUUGGAAACUUCAUGUGCGAAUUCUGGACAGCAACUGAUGUGCUGUGUGUGACAGCAAGUAUAGAAACCCUGUGUGUGAUUGCUCUGGACCGCUACCUCGCCAUCACCUCGCCGCUCCGCUACCCAACGCUACUCACCAGGGGUCGGGCCUUUGCAGUGGUCCUCGGGGUUUGGGCAGUGGCCUCCCUCAUCUCCUUCUUGCCCAUCCAUUUGAAGUUGUGGGUGUCAGAUGAUAAGGAAGCUCAGCGGUGCUUGAAUGAUGAGUACUGCUGUGAAUUCAACAUCACUCCAGCCUACGCCGUGUCUUCCUCUAUUGUUUCGUUCUACCUGCCACUGGUGGUGAUGAUUUUCCUGUACAGCCGGGUCUUCCAAGAGGCUCAGAAACAGCUGGAGAAGAUCAGAGGGAGAGAGAGGCAGUUUUACAAUUUGCAUUACACUGCACAGCUGACUUAUCCCAGUGAUAGUCCUGCUAUGAAUAAACUCAGGACAGGAACUGAGGUGGAAGAACAGGCAGGGGAGGAUAGAUUAAACAUGCAGGAAAUGGGAGGAAUAGACACUGGUAAGAAGGAAAAGUUAGGAGAGAGCAAAACAAGAACCGAAAAAGGGGAAGGAAAACACUCUAGCACAAAGCGUCUUAAGUUCUGUCUUAAAGAGCACAAGGCUGUGAAAACUCUGGGGAUCAUCAUGGGAACCUUCACACUGUGUUGGCUACCCUUCUUCAUCCUCAACAUCCUCAUGACUCUCCUCAACUUGGGUGACAUUAAGCUGCUGUUCAGACUCCUCAACUGGCUAGGAUACUCCAACUCAGCCUUCAACCCGCUCAUCUACUGCCGCAGCCCCGACUUCAGACACGCCUUUCAGGAGUUACUUUGUUUGAGAGGCAAAGGGGGGAGUUGGGGAGGGAUGAGAGGAUGGGGUUGGUGCAAGGAGAGAGACUGUUACUCCAAGCCCCCAGGUAGGACGAAUGGGAACUCAGAUGUGCAUGGUGUUAGGGUGCUGGACAUUCAGCAGAGAUCAGAGUGGAAGGACAGUUGUGAGAGCUCGAUUCAAGGCAGCUCACUGUCUCUGGCUCCUCCUCCUUCUUGCUGUGAGCAGGUUUUAGGAGUAGCUCCUGGUUCUCUGGCAAACUGGCAGGCUAAUAGCUCUGCUAAUGGGAGCUGUAAGGAAAAUAUGACUUCUAGUGCUUGACCAAUUAGGAUAUUAGACUUUAGUUUGCAUUGUGUGUGGAUAGCCAUGGAGUGAGCAUGAGUGCGAUGAAGCUCAAAAUGUUUGUUUUUCAAAUAUUUGGUCUUUUUUUUUAAGGAAGUAGCUUGUAGAGUUCUUAGCUCAUAUUGUGUUGGGUGUGUUUCGGUCUAUGCCAUUGAGGUUUUACUUCACUGUUCCUCUUUGCUGCUACAGUUUUCCUAAAUUGCAAAGGCAGCUACACAAGUCAGCUUUAAAAAAAAAAGUCAGACUUAAACCUUUCACUGAAGUUUCAAGGCAUCAUAACACAAAAAAACUAAAGACAAUAAACAUAGAAAAAGAAUGCAUUGGUACAAUGAAACCAGACAUUUUGAGCUUCACCAAACCAAUAGUGGAAGAAGGAUAACAGGACUGCAUAUGAAUUACUUGCUACUGAAACAUAGGGUGAAUAGGAGUGAAUUAUUUUAGGUCAGUUAUUCUAUUAGAGGUAUCACAAUAAAAAUGCAUGCUCAUUUAAAGUUGUCAAAUAGGAAAAUCAAAAACUGGCAAUGAAUGCACAAGUGUAGAACAAUUACACACAGGCAGGAAGGUUACCGGUUCAAAUUCCUGCACAUUGCCAGGGAGUGUCAUAACGCAAAGAUGUUAUCGCACCCGCUUACUCACUAAAGGUAGAAGAUUGAUAAUGUAACUGUUGGACUGCAGCUUUUGGGAAUGAGUAGAAGUGUACUUCUCAUUUGAAACAGUGACGAUUAAAACAACGCUGUGGUUUUGUCGUCGUAUAUUUAGAACAGACCCUAACUGAUUUGUUUGAGAAGAUCUUACCGAAACCGAAACCGAAAACUCCUCUUUAAUAUAAAACAGAGGGAACACAAGUUUAGAAAGAGAAAAAAUUCUCUGCAAUAUAAAAUAUUCAUGACAAAAGGAGCAGCAGUUAAAGAACUGUGUGGGUGUAUUUUGAUCAGAUUUGACUGACCAUCAACUGUUCAGCUCUUGCUCAGCUCUGAUUGGUGCAUGGAAGUAAGUGACAUCACAGUUUUGUAUCUUCAAAUCAGUGAGAAGAGCAGUGAAGAAAAAAAAAAAACUAUACAAAUACAGAAAAAUGUGAACUAACCCAGAUAAAAAUAGUGCAUGCUUGUGUUAUCCUAUCGCUCCUAAAAACAUUGCCAAGGAAAAAAGUUUUCAGAGUCUUUAAGAUGAAUUUUAAUGGAUAUUUGAACAUACUGAAGGACACUAUUAUUUUCAAAGGCAGGAAACAUCAAUUUAGCACCACAUUUGCAGUGCUAAUAACCUCAUCUGCAGGAAACAAAAGCACAAGUCGCACAUCCAUAUAAACCUCCAUGAAGCAGAGAUAGAAAAAGUAAAUAAAUAAACUUUGUUUUCUCUAUGGUGUAAAGUCUUGAAACAGCGUGUUUCAUAAUAACCUCUUCAGAUUAUCAACAAUCCGACUUUUCAUUCCUUCCAGAUAAACCUCAUAGCUGGUCCAAAAACAUUUACUGGUGUAUAUUUGUAUAUCAGAUAAGCAUCUAAGACCCAAACUUGUGACUACCAUGAAUGCUCUUUCUUUCCCUGUGUUCGCUUUCUUUCAUCAACUGUUUUCCUCUCCCUCUCUCUCCAAACAUCAGCAUCUACCCACUCUUUCCUUUAAUCCUGUCUGCUUCAGCUCCAUUACAGCAAGAGCAUUGUAAUGUGUCAGACAGAGCUGGGGAGACCAUUUUCAAGCAGUGGGAUGUGUUUCCAGAACCCUGUCUGUUACACUCACUGUAAAAACAAAAGUCAAAGUGAUCAAAGUGAUAACGAUGAAGUAGCUCACAUACAGUUUUAUUUAUGAGAGCUACCUAAGAUAAUAUUACAGUCCAAGUGCAGAAAAUACAUUUAGAAAAUAAUCUCCUCAGCUCUGCUUUUGUAUGUAUAAAUAUUUAAAGCUCCAGUGUGUAGGAUUUCUUUAUAAUAUGUUAUUUUUUUUUAUCAGGGUGAUGAUCUUAAACUAAGGAUUGUUAUGAUUUUGUUACCUUAGAAUAAAACUUUUUAUACCUGCAGAGGGAACAGGUCCUCUUCCAAGGAAUCUGCCAUGUUGUCCUACUAUGUACUACCAUCUACAGAAGCCCACAAUGGACAAACCAAACAUCUAGAGAGGGUCUGAAGGAUUUUUAGCAGCCACCAUAGGAGACAGUAAAAUGAGGAGUGUUCAGUUGGUUGAAAUCUGCAAUGGCACUGUAUAGAUGGCACAAAAUUCUACACACUGGACCUUCAGUUUGUAUUAAAAUUACAUUGAACAUGAUAUUGAGGAUUAAUAAGUGCUCAUGCGUAUUGUAAAUAUGAAUCUGUACGUUUGUCUGUCUGCCUGUCUUUCUGUGUGUUUGUAUGUGUGUGUGUAUGUUUUGCGCAAUCGUGAUGUCAUUACCAGCUAUUUGUCCUAUUUAAAGCUUGAAACAUUGAAUAUUUGUAAUUUACUUUAAUGUGUAUGAGACUUGGAUUAACAAACAAGUCGGAACAUACUGUAGUACUGUUGUUUUUUUGUAUUUUAUUUCAAAUUCAAUAAUUUAUCUGGUUCUUCAAAAAGAACAAGGUGUUUAAGUGUGUGUUUUGUAUCGUGUUUGUUAAUCCAUGUGGAUGUUGGUUUAAGCAGCACUGAAACAAACAUCUAAGGUAAAAAAAAAAUAAGAAAAAAGAUGUAAUUUUGUGUUGUAUCUGUGUGUCUAUCUUGGGAUAAUGAGACAAAUCUGACUGUUGGAAAUAAAGGUUUUCAGAAGUGUAGCCUUUAACCAGAGGAACGGAUUCUAUUUUCUACCUCCAUCAGACUCACAUGAAUGUCAUCUCAUCUCUGUAAAUAUGUAUUGAUGAGCUGCAGUUUUUUUUUUGUGAGUAAAAGUUUGAAAUUGCA